AUGACUGACGAUGACGAUCGAAAGCUACUAACCGAUUGUCGAUACGUACUAGCAUUAGUUCGUCAGCCUGUGUUGCUAGAUCGAGCCGUGGGUAUGCGACGUAACUCUGAACUGAUGUGUGCACCAAAACCCCAAUCGCAAGUUCAGUCACAAGUUCAGUCACAAGUUCAGUCACAAGUUCAGUCACAAGUUCAGACACAAGUUCAGACACAAGACCAGUCACCGACGGAGAAGAAGAGCUCCCAGGAGAGGGAGAAUGGGCGUCACCCUCGCAAGAAAAGGGACGCCACGGUCAGAUGUGAUGGGUACCGAAAGAGAGCGGAGUUGCUCAGUCUGAUUCUUGACAGUAUUCUACAGAAACGGCCUGUGCCCGUCAUAAUCAGAACAGGGACUAUUUAUGUACAUGGCCUAGCGAUUUCGGGGAUUAGGAACUUCCUUGCUGAUUUAAUCCAAUACAAACCCGGAGAAAGGUAUGAGGAUGGUAAAAUGAACGAUACCUUACAGCUAGGCUAUAUCCUCGACUUCUUGAAACACCAUCCCCAAGAGGAAGAUCGACCCCUAAGAGACCAUGAUAUAUUGGAUGUGCUACUUGUGGCCGUGCUUCUUACAUUGAAAGUUAUCCCACGAACUAGCCAAGUGUUUCAAUGUAUGCAAUCGAUGUUUGUUUCCGCAGUAAAUAUUAUGAAAUCAACGAACACAAAUUCUACACCAGACGGAAGUUGCUCUACUUAUAAUGCCGUGAUUGAAGCAAGACGGGCGUGUCUGGAGCAAUACCAGAUUACGAUUCACUUGGUGGCCGAUGAUCUUCUGUCAGCUUGGGAUACCUCAGCAGACCUGAUACAUUAUCCGACAUUAUCGCAUUUAUCGGACUGCCUUGGUAUGUCAUUAACCUUAAGACAGUUAGUCGAUCAUGAUAUGUUCGCUGAAACUCGAAGAAGAGCAAUAGAUCUAUUGAAGAAUACAUCAGCAGAUUUCUCUCUUCCAAAAUUAUUUCAAAAAUCGCCAGAAAUUCAAUCAAAAAAGGACACUAUCAUCAAUCUUGUAUCAUUUACCCCUCCCC